AUGAGCGCCCUCACCUGCACGCACGUCACGCCCGAAUGCCCUGUCACAUCCACCACAUACGGAUACUACCCCAACCUCGGCGGCAACAUCUUCUUCACCGUCUUCUUCGGCAUCUGCGGAACCUUCCAACUCGGACUAGGGAUCUACUUCCGAUGCUGGACCAUGAUGACGGCCAUGGUAAUCGGCGCCUUCAUGGAACUAGCCGGCUACAUCGGACGAAUUCUCAUGAACCACAACCCCUGGAACGAAGGCGCCUUCAAACUGCAAAUCGUCUGUCUCGUACUCGCGCCCACCUUCAUCGCCGCCGGAAUCUACCUCACCCUGAAACACGUCAUCCUCUCCCUCGGCCCUCAAUACUCGCGUCUCAAACCCCAACUCUUCACCUGGAUCUUCAUCAGCUGUGACGUCGGAUCCCUCAUCCUCCAAGCCGCGGGCGGCGGCGUCGCCGCUGCAGCAGGCAGCGCUAACCAAUCCCUCCUCAAAGUCGGCGACGAUAUCAUGGUCGCGGGUAUUGCCUUCCAGGUUGGAACGAUGACUGUUUGCGGGUUACUAGCAUUGGACUUUUUUGUUCGCGUGGUGAGAAAGGGACCUGGUUUAUCCGGCGAGAAGUUCGAUAAUGAGGCUACGAAUGGACGGAAGAAUAUUCGUUUGGUCAUUGUGGCGGGUAUUGUGGCUUAUUUUACCGUGCUGAUUAGGUGUAUUUAUCGUAUUCCGGAAAUGGCGGGUGGAUGGGGAAAUCCGCUCAUGCAGAAGGAGAACGAAUUUUUGGUCCUGGAUGGGAUGAUGAUGGCUCUGGCCGUGAGCUUGCUUACUAUCUUCUACCCAGGACUGUUCCUCCCGUCGAUCCGGAAGGGGGUCAAGAACAAGGCCUGA